CAGGAACUUCUCUAAGACGAGUAAUUGACAGGAAGAUUCAUUCCUUGGAAGACAGCCAUUGACCCUAGAUACCCUGAUCCGCCUCACGAGUCGGCUUGCUGGUAUCUAGUGACCAGCUUUCUUCUUUCUUUGUUGGCCUAAAUCCUCACUCCGGGCGUGGGAUCUUCGAUUACUGUCACCAUGGCUUCGCAAGGUGUCAAUGUUCUGCGAUACUCUGCCCUCCUUGGCGGUUUGUUCUACGGUGUCUGGCACCAGUCCUCUUUGAACACCCAGGCCAAGGAAGCUGAAAAGCAGCGAGAAUACCACCACAAAGAGUCAUUGAUCCAAAAGGCCAAGGCUGAAUGGGCCCGGAAAACUGCGCCACCAGUAGAGACCAAGAGUGGACUCAUCACAGAUCCCAAUGAUCCCAAAUUCGACCUAGAGGCUUUCCUGCUCGCAAAGGCUGCGGAGAAAUAAAUGGUAUAUUGCUGCUGGUGGGAGAAAAGGUGCGGUUAAUAGAUGGGCCAUCCGUGACGUUUUAUAACAUACCUACUUUUUAAGGUAUGAUACGGCAUACUUCGAAGAAUCCGGUCGACCGCCAUAUUUGUAUCAUUCAAGCCGUCUCUUUUGUUUUCUUCGAUACAUCUGACAUUGCGAGCGAAAGGGAAAAGAAUUUUCCAUUAUGAUAGACCAUUAUUGCUAUCUUUGUACAUACCCUGGUCUUCAAUACUGUCUGUACACUAUACACUACGGUUGACCGCGAAGGACAGGGAUCGCAAAGAUUGUAUUCUAGGGGACCUGCGGUAAUUUCAUUCUGUCUUCUUUCAAUAACGA